AUGAUGGAGAAUCAAAAUAAUGAUGCCUCGGAUGAACUUUAUGGUGAACGGGAUUUAGGCAGAGGGUCCCCGGAACCCGAGCUACAGUCUCCUGCAGUCGGUGGUGGACCGAGUGGCGCCACCCUGCGAAUGGCUACCACAAGACACAAUGGCGGCAACACUUCAGCAAAUGCAGCAGAUUCAGAAAAUGUUCCUCCAGCUCUAGGGCAGGGGGCCAUUGAUGAAGAAAGGCACGCUGUACCUACAGCACCUCGAAUGCGCAAAAAAUGGACUAAUGAAAUAAACACAUUUCUUAUGCGCAUAUACUACAGAAUUACUAACCUAGAAACAGAUAUGCUAAGAUAUAGAGAUGAACUACAUCAAGAAUUCUCUACCACAUACCCAGAAAUGAACGGUAGUGCACAGAGACUUUCAGACCAAAUACGUGCAAUCAAACGACGGAAUCUCUUACCUUCUGCAACACUUAACAGCAUAAAAGAUGAGGUCAGGCGAGAAGUAGAAGAUCAUAUUACUCAUCAGAAUGAGGACCACACAGAAGAAAUGACUCCUAUUGACGAUUCCCCAAAGCAGCUAAUAGUAGACCGCACAAAUAUACCAAACCGUCAGAUCGGUACUAAUGCUUUAAAUGAAUCGCUUAAAACAGAAUUUCAUACUGCGCUGAUCCAAUAUAAAGAUGUAGAGCCCAAAUAUAGACCUAAGAUACCAACACUACAUACCUCUGUGAAACUAUCUCAGAUUGUCGAAUUAUUAAAUACUGAAAUUCUCCCAUCUGCCCUACUUGACGCAAAAAAUAUUGCGCAAGUUCACGCCGUAGUCUAUUGCUCCGCAGUUGCAACGGCUAGAGCGAUGGGAUUUAAAGUUACGUCCGACUCUAGAGUGGUGAAUAAACAGGGCGAGCCGGCAUGGAAGAAACGAUUAAGCCAACUUAUUGACACACUUAGGACAGACAUCGGAAGGCUAACGAGCUUCCAGAAAAAAUCCCACAACACACCUAAAUUACUUAAGCAAGUUCAAAAUAUUAGGGAAAAGUACGGACGCCACGGAGAAGUUCCUAACCUUAACGACCAACAAAUCAUGGACACUAUGAAGCAGAAGCUUUCAGUUUACUCAGCCCGAUUGGCAAGAUAUAAUAAAAGCUAUAAACGGAAAACCCAAAAUCAUCUAUUUAAUGUAAGUGAAAAAGCCUUUUACCGUAGCUUAGAUAAAAAGAAACACGAGUGUAAUGAAGACCUCAAAAUAACACCCCAAGAAUUAGAAAAUUUCUGGGCCCCAAUAUACACAAACAAGGAUGAACAUAACCAACAAGCAACGUGGCUAUCUGAAAUCUCUUCUACAAUCGCAAAUCCAAUGGAAUACUCCAGGAUAACAGAAACAGACGUUAGAGCAGCAAUAUCUAGGACAGCCAACUGGAAAGCUGCAGGUCCAGACAAAAUACAAAACUUUUGGUGGAAACGACUGUGGGUCACACAUGCGUACCUAGCCGAGCAUUUCUCCAAAAUAGUGUCUGAUCCAGAGUUACUACCGUCAUUCUUUACAACAGCCAUAACUCAUCUUAUCCCUAAGGACACAACGAAAAUCAAUGAUCCAUCCAAGUACAGACCAAUAGCAUGCCUCCCCACUAUAUACAAAAUACUCACGGCAUGCAUCUCUAACAAAAUCUACAACCACCUAGACAGGAAUAGUUUGAUCGCUGAAGAACAGAAAGGGUGCAUUAGAAAAGCGUAUGGCUGUAAAGAACAACUAGUCAUCGACUCAGUCAUAUCAAACCAGGCAAUAAAAAGCAAUAGAAAUAUUCACAUGGCUUACAUCGACUAUCAAAAAGCAUUUGACUCUGUGCCACAUUCCUGGUUGAAAUAUGUACUGAAACUCUAUGGUAUCCACCCCCAAAUACGGACGUUUCUUGGUCUUUGCAUGAAAAAGUGGAAUACUGACCUAACACUCCACCAUCAAGGGAAGUCGCUGAUUGUACCGAGGAUGAGGAUUAAAAAAGGAAUUUUCCAGGGCGACAGUCUGAGCGCUUUAUGGUUCGUCAUGUCAAUAAAUCCUCUCAGCCUGCUUCUGAAUAACAGCCGAUACGGCUUCGAAUUAAAGACUCCUAAUAGAUCCCAUAGGUUAAGCCACUUGCUCUAUAUGGAUGAUCUCAAACUAUACGCAUCUUCAAAACAACAACUAUCAAGUAUGAUCCGGAUAGUGGAAAUGUUUAGCACGGAUAUCCGAAUGAAGUUUGGUUUGGAUAAAUGUAGAACUAUCCAUAUAAACAAGGGAAAGUUUUCUAACGUGGUGAACAUACAAGAAUCAGAGAUUCAAAACAUGCAAGAGACGGAUCUUUACAAGUAUCUUGGAAUUGAGCAGGCGCGAAAUAUUGAUCAUGUUGGCACUCGAGAAAAACUCGAGAAGAUAGUGUACGAAAGAACGCGCAAAAUAGCCAACAGUUGUAUAAAUGGUCGAAAUAUGAGCAAGGCACUUAAUACCUUUGUUAUUCCAGUACUGACCUACUCUUUCGGCAUUAUAAAAUGGUCAAAAACCAGCAUCAAGCUAAUAGAAAGCAAAAUACGUUCAAUAUAUAAAAAACACGGUCACCUCCAUCCCAACUCGUGCCGUGAGAGAUGGACUCUUCCAAGAAGUGAAGGGGGAAGAGGAGUAAUACACCUACUCAAUAUGCACAAUAAACAAGUGAACAAGCUACGAGAGUAUUUCUACAAUAAAGAUGCUGCACUACAUAAAACCGUAAUAGAGGCAGAUAAAAAAUACACUCCAUUAAACAUGGCAGAUAGAAACGCAGUAUUUCAAAUUGAAAUAAACAAUGAGAUCCUGCAUCAAUGGGCUCAGAAGGCGGUCCACGGCGGGCAUUUUUCCGACCUGCAUCAGGAAGAUGUUGACAUUAAAGCGUCAAACAAAUGGCUGAGCAACGGAGACUUGUACGCCGAGACCGAAGGCUAUCUGCUGGCUAUUCAGGAUAGAUACGACGUGGUCAACACAGUCAAAAGCCUUUGUAAGAUCAUACAACAGGGCCUUCGAAAUCUCACCAUCAUCAUACCCCUGGAUCACCCUGCUCACAAAUUCUAUGAGCGCAUGGGUUGUGGAUUUCUUUUCACGAAAGCCGAACUGAGAGUCGCUCCGAAGUUUGUGGUUAUCAAAAAAUCGUGA